UGUUUAUCUUAAACCCCGAUAGAAUGAAUCGACAAGCAGUAAAACCCUUGACGCACAUGGACGACUACCAAACGUUUUCUCUGAAAGGCAGCUACUCAAUAAGCAUCAGUACGAGAAACUCCUGCAGCCGGAGUCCAACUCUUUCUGGGUCUCGUCUGUUCAGUCCCAAAGGUAACAUUUCAUCCUGAGACUUAGAUACUCAUUUCUCUUCCGCUGAAUCUGUGCCCUUUUAGAUUAUCUACUUCUAUUCACUUGGCAAUCUCAUCAAACUGGUCAUGACCCAUUUGCAAAAACUCAGGAUAGCAUCUAUUCCCAGCUGGGUUUCUUCUAUUUUUCAUGAAAAUCACCUUAGAUCACCAAGAACCCUAUUUGGGGUUUUCCCCAAUGUCCAAAUCCCUAGAGUUUACAGCACAAAAAUGGCCCCUGAAAUUGAAAACCAUGAAGUUUUGGUUGAAACUUCGACUGCUAAGGGCAGAAGUGCUACUCGAACUCUUCGUUACAUUCAAAAAGAAACGCAGGCUGCAUUGUUGGAGUAUUUGCACAGUACUAGAGGCUUACAUUUCACUGAUGCUGAGAAUAUUAGUAAAAACUGCCCACAUUUUCUAGACAAGCUUUUUCACAGGGCUGAUUGUGAGAGAGAGAUUAGGCGGUCAAUUGCUCGGUUCUUGCGGUACCACCCUAUUAAUGAAUUUGAACCCUUCUUUGAGAGCUUGGGUUUGAAACCUUCCGAGUAUGUUUCUCUUCUUCCACGCAAUUUGAUGUAUUUGACUGAUGAUGAGUUGUUGCUUCAUAAUUAUACUGUUUUAUCUAAUUAUGGGAUUCCACCAAAUAAGAUAGGAAAGAUUUACAGGGAAGCAACAGAGGUCUUUCAAUAUGAUUUUCAGGUUUUGGCAUCAAAACUUCAAGCUUAUGAAGAACUAGGUCUUAGCCGUUCUGCUUUAGUUCGCUAUGUUGUUGGUGGUCCUUAUCUUUUGGUUGGGGAUGUCAAUGCAGCAUUUGUUUCAGUAUUGGAAAAAUUGAAGAGUAUUGGAUUUGAAACCAAUAGGAUUGAGGGGAAUUUAUGGGAAGAUAACACUUAUUAUUGGAGCCGGAUGCUUGAAGUUCUGAGUUUGUUUAGUGAGAUGGGUUGCAGUGAUGAGCAGUUGGGCAAGCUACUUUGUCACAACCCAGAUAUUUUAUUUGAAAGUUCAGGGGAAAUGACAGUUUCACUGAUUGGGUUGUUACAAAAAUUUGGAUUUACAAAGAGGGAGUUAUGUUCAAUGUUUCUACAAUUUCCGCAGAUUCCAGUAGCAAAAUUUGUUGCAAAUUUGAGACGGUGCAUUUUGUUCCUGGAUGAGAUUGACAUGAAGGCUGCAGAGAUUGGGAAGAUUGUUCAUUCUCACCCCCUGCUACUGGGUUCGUGCUCUUUGAAAAAAACUAGCAGCUUACUUUGUACUUUGAAUGUUGGGAAGAAACGAUUGUCUCAAUACAUCCAGGAGAACCCACAAGAGUUAAAGAAUUGGGUUUGGGGUAGAAAAAUUGAGUCAUUUCCAGAUUCAGGAGAUGAAGUUAGAUCAAAGGCUGAAAGGACUAAGUUCUUGUUAGACAUAGGAUUUGUAGAAAACUCCAGCAAAAUGAAAGCAGCGCUGAAGGCAUGUCGAGGCAAUGGAGAGGAGCUUCAGGAAAGAUUUGAUUGCAUAGUAAAAGCUGGUUUGGAUCAGAAGGAUGUCUGUGAACUGAUUCAAUCAUGCCCUCAAAAUCUUAACCAGACAACGGAUGUGAUUGAAAUGAAGAUCGACUGUCUUGUAAAUGAAUUGGGUUAUCCCAUAUCGUCCUUGUUGACUGCCACAAGAUAUCUUUCCCAUAAAAUGGAAAGGGUCAAGCUUAGGGUACGCAUGUUCAAUUGGCUCAAAGAUCAUGGAAUAGCUGCUCCUGGGCUUUCCUUGAGCACUCUUAUUUCUUGCUCAGAUAGUUAUUUUAUAAAGACUUAUGUACAUCGUCAUCCUGCUGGUCCUCAAGUUUGGCACGAUUUGAAGAAGGAAAUUGAAUCCAAUUGCUAAAA